UUCAGAAUUUUUCUUAAACAAAAAAUGCGUUGUUCCCUUCACUCUACUUUUAUUAUCCUUCCCCUUAUAAUCUUUCUCUUCACAAUUUUUUCUACUUUUUGUUCUGCCGACCUUCAAAAUAUAACAGUUCGAGGUCAGGCAAUUUGCCGACGUCGAAGUGUUAAAGGAUUGCAUAUUGAAUUACGCGAACACGAUACUUUUGAUCCAGACGAUUCUUUAUCUACUACAACAACUGGGCCAGAUGGAACUUUUGAAGUUAGGGGUUCCGAGAAUGAGGUUGGCUCAAUCCGUCCCUACCUUCGCAUAACGCACAAAUGUGACGUCUCAGAUGAUAUGAAAUGUCGUCGAAUAACAGAAAUUGAUAUACCAAAAGAAAAAGUUAAUGGAAUCUAUGAAAUGAAUUUUGUCAAUUUAAAUUUGCCUGGACAUAGAGAUAAGGAAACGUGUGACGAUUAA